AUGGGUAAUACCACGUCCAAGCCGGAGACAAAGGUGUUCAACCCCGAACUGCCAGUGGACUUCUCCGCGUCCUUUCUUUCUCAAUUGGAAACGAGCGUGGACCUGGAUUACUCAAGAGCACAAUAUGCCGAAAAUUACAUUCAAGACAGAGUUGCUCAAGAAUUGAAGAAGUUGGAGAAGGAGGCCGUGGUUAAGUUCAAUAAAACAACGAACGAUGCCUUAGCUAAGAACCCCAAACCGGAACUUUCCGUUGCCAAAACUAACGAAAAGAUCAGUCAGUUGACUCUGAUUCUCCAGGAGAAUGCCAAACUCACCGAAGUUCAGUUACCUGAAGAGACUAAAGCGGCACGUGAAUCAGUUUUGUCUUGCUUAAAGGCCAAUGAAGGUAAGCUGUUGAAUUGCUGGGACGAAGUUAAAAAGUUUGAGGAGUUGGUCAAAGCCUUGUAA